UCGGGUCGGCGAAGGAAGAGGGCGCCAUGAUUGGCUGGCGCUGGGGCGGCGGGCGGUGGAAGAGCCUGGCGAGUCUGGGUUUCAAGCCUAUGCUGGACUUUCUGCUUCCAGGUUUCCAGGCCGUGGGGGGCUACCGAGGGCGGGGAGUCGGCUCUGCGGAACUUGGAUUAGGUUCUGAGGAUGGUGGGGUUGAAAAGGGGUGACCGGAAGUGAUUUGGGGAUUGACCGGAAGCGAGGCCUGGAGGGGAAAGACGGAGCAGGUCCCGGGAGGGAGGGGGCUUCCAGCAGAAGGGGGCGGGGGAAAAGGUGCUAAAGCGGCGUGGUAGCGCCCGGCUGGCGUCCUGCCGCUGCCGCUGGUUGUCUGGAAAGCAGCGAACAAUCACCACUAGCUCAAGGGGAUAAGCCCAAGGAGUAGGAGUGCGGGAGUCCACAGCUACCUCUGGAAAGUCUCAAAUAGUUGAGCAAAAGGGGCCUCACGUUCCUGAGAGCAGGGUAGGAGGGAUUUUUGGAAGCCGGGACAGCCAAGAGCGAGGAACCAAGGCUAUGGGAGAUUAGUUGUGCGGGCAGUGCUGAUCGGGCUUGGGGUUAGCUGGUGGGCACUGCGUGAGAGAUCUUGGUUUGGAGUUUUCUACUGUCUUGCCCCCAUUGGGUAGAAUCACGCUCCGCGCCUUUGUACAAGAAACGGCGUCUCCUGGGGCAAGGAAGGAGCCAGGAUGGCCUGGGCUCUGAAGCUGCCUCUGGCCGAUGAAGUGAUUGAAUCCGGGCUGGUGCAGGACUUUGAUGCUAGCCUGUCCGGGAUCGGCCAGGAACUGGGUGCUGGUGCCUAUAGCAUGAGUGAUGUUCUCGCAUUACCCAUUUUUAAGCAAGAAGAGUCAAGUUUGCCUCCUGAUAAUGAAAAUAAAAUCCUACCUUUUCAAUAUGUGCUUUGUGCUGCCACCUCUCCAGCAGUGAAACUCCAUGAUGAAACCCUAACAUAUCUCAAUCAAGGACAGUCUUAUGAAAUUCGAAUGCUAGACAAUAGGAAACUUGGAGAACUUCCAGAAAUUAAUGGGAAAUUGGUGAAGAGUAUAUUUCGCGUAGUGUUCCAUGACAGAAGGCUACAAUAUACUGAACAUCAACAGCUGGAGGGCUGGAGGUGGAACCGACCUGGAGAUAGAAUUCUUGACAUAGAUAUCCCAAUGUCUGUGGGUAUAAUUGAUCCUAGGGCUAAUCCAACCCAACUAAAUACAGUGGAGUUCCUGUGGGACCCUGCAAAGAGAACAUCUGUGUUUAUUCAGGUGCACUGUAUUAGCACAGAGUUCACCAUGAGGAAACAUGGUGGAGAAAAGGGGGUGCCAUUCCGAGUACAGAUUGAUACCUUCAAGGAGAACGAGAACGGGGAAUAUACCGAGCACUUGCACUCGGCCAGCUGCCAGAUCAAAGUUUUCAAGCCCAAAGGUGCAGACAGAAAGCAAAAAACAGAUAGGGAAAAAAUGGAGAAACGAACACCUCAUGAAAAGGAGAAAUAUCAACCUUCUUAUGAGACAACCAUACUCACAGAGUGUUCUCCAUGGCCUGAGAUCACAUACGUCAAUAAUUCCCCAUCACCUGGCUUCAACAGUUCCCAUAGCAGUUUUUCUCUUGGGGAAGGAAAUGGUUCACCAAACCACCAGCCAGAGCCACCCCCUCCAGUCACAGAUAACCUCUUGCCAACAACCACACCUCAGGAAGCUCAGCAGUGGUUGCAUCGGAACCGUUUUUCUACAUUCACAAGACUUUUCACAAACUUCUCAGGAGCAGAUUUAUUGAAAUUAACUAGAGAUGAUGUGAUCCAAAUCUGUGGCCCUGCAGAUGGAAUCAGACUUUUUAAUGCAUUAAAAGGCCGGAUGGUGCGUCCAAGGUUAACCAUUUAUGUUUGUCAGGAAUCGCUGCAGUUGAGGGAGCAGCAGCAACAGCAGCAGCAGCAGCAACAAAAGCAUGAGGAUGGAGACUCCAAUGGUACUUUCUUUGUGUACCAUGCCAUCUAUCUAGAAGAACUGACAGCCGUUGAAUUGACAGAAAAAAUUGCUCAGCUUUUCAGCAUUUCCCCUUGCCAAAUCAGCCAGAUUUACAAGCAGGGGCCAACAGGAAUCCAUGUGCUUAUCAGUGAUGAGAUGAUACAGAACUUUCAGGAAGAAGCCUGUUUUAUUCUGGACACAAUGAAAGCAGAAACCAAUGAUAGCUAUCAUAUCAUACUGAAGUAGGAGUGGGGCAUUCCAUGCUCAGUGGCUGCUACUUCCUUCACCUCUUGAAAAUGGCCCUCUUGGAGGGGGAUGUGAACGGAGAUUGGAAGGUCUGCAAGGAACCUGACCCAUCUGACUGUGUGUUGGGGGGAGUCCAGGCCACGGAGGCAGAAUCCCAGCCUUCUGUGUUAGCCCCAUGCUCUUGUGGCACACACAGAUUACUGCCCACCAUGCAGUUCUGCAGCUAUUUCUUAGUUAAAAUUUCUGAACCCUGUUCUUAUUGAAUAUCAAUAGAAACUCCACAUCAUUUAGGGUGUAUGUAGGGCAUAAUAAUGAUGGGAAUUGUGUGAUAUUUAACAGAUGUUAAAUUUUGUGAUAUAGAGCCAUGUAAAUUUUUUUCUAAUAUAAAAAUGAGCAUCUAUAUUCAUAAGACUAGGUUCUCAAUCUCUUUGUACUGUUCUCAAAUGUACUGGUCUCAGAAAGCCUCUCUGCUUUUUGCCACAAUUGGUCCUUGAAGCUUUAUCAAUGAGGAGAAAUACAGAGAUAGAAUUUUUCUUUUGGUUCCCCUAUAAUACUACAACUAAUAGUAAUUUUAGCUAACAUUUAUUGAGCCAGGCAGUGUGAUGAAUUCUUUAAAUGAUUAUCUUGUUUAAUUCUCUUACUAACCCUGUAUGAAGUAGGUGCUGUAGUGAUCCCUCACUGAAAGAGAGGGAAUGGAGACACACGGUGGCUUGCUGGGUAACAGGCAGCCAGCAGGUAGUCAUGCUGAAAUCCAUAUCCAGGUAAUCUGGCUCUUAUUAGUCAGUAUCCAAUACAUCCAGUGCCACCCUUGAUAGCCUGUGCUCACUGUUGUUUAUUACUUUGGCCCUCUGGUGAAUAGGACAUAACACUGAGUGUGAACUGCGGAAUUAACCACUGAAAGAGACAAACCACACUUAAAUAAUGAUGAACAAAUCAAGACCUACAGAAAAUGAAAACAUAGAUGUUCUUUAAGUAUCAUCAAUUAUUGAAAUCACAGAAUUUGAGGUGGUAAAAACUUGGGAUUAUCUGUAAUUCCCCAAAUCUACUGUUUUUGAAUGGCAUUGUCAAACUAUUUAUUAAUGAGUUAGUCCAAUCCCUGCUUUCUGUUUCCUUGCUCUACACCUUCUCUUGGUAAAGGAAGUUCUUUUACUCGUGCAGUGUUUUUUUAUAUAAGCUUUAUAAGAAAUGCAUUCCUGUCCCAUUCACACUCUUACCGUAUGUUUUUAUUCUUAAGAAUGAUCAUGUAUGUGUGUGUGUGUGUGUGUGUGUGUGUGUGUGUAUGUAAGUGUGUAGCAUAAUGGGUCUUCUUUUUUCACUUGUACAAUUUUAUCCAGAAAUACCUUUACAGAUUAUAUUGAGGUGAACCAAGAUUAUGCUCAGAGAUUCUGUAUUGGACUUGAAUUUGUGUGUGUGUGUGUUUUAUACAGAGAUUUUUAUUCAUUAAAAUCAACCUGCAUCAUG